UUUGCGGGGUUUGGCAGGGUUUGCAGCCGCCGCGGUUGCUGCUGCGCUUCAGUGCGGGGCGGGCGGGCGCCGAGUGAACCCCGGGCGGGGAUCCGGGAACCAAGAGCCGGGAGCUGGGAGCCAGCCGCCGGCCGAGCUGCUGCUGCUGCUGCGGCGGCGGCGGCAUCUGAGUCUACUUCCGUCCUACGAACACUGAGGCGGGAUCCUGGUGGCUUGUGCAAACAGCCGGGCCCAGAAAGGAGAGGGUCAGAUACUUUUUAUUUUAUUUUGGAAAGAAGGGGCAAGUCCCAGUGUGAGCUUCCCUCCCAGCCUGGCCCGCUCCUCAGUGAGCCCCAGCUCCGGCCUGGGCUCUGGAAGAUGACUCCGGGGUCUCCCCUGUGUAUUCCAGCGGCGGCGGUUCGGGGAGGCAGCCGAAAGUAGUAACACUUUGGUAGUAGCGGCUGGUGGAGAAGUGAGCCGAGUCGAGGUGGACUCAGCUCUCCCCGCGCCCGGGCGCCCGCUGCUUCUCGCUGCUCCUUCCCCUCGGCUCUCCGGCGGCCACAGCAUGAAGUGGCGCAGAGAUGGCAAGAAGAGGUAAGAAGCCCAUAGUGCGAACGCUGGAGGAUCUGACGCUGGACUCGGGUUAUGGUGGCGCGGCGGACUCGGUGCGCUCCUCCAACUUGUCCCUGUGCUGUUCUGACUCACACCCGGCGUCCCCGUAUGGCGGGAGCUGCUGGCCGCCUCUAGCUGACUCCAUGCACAGCCGGCACAACAGCUUUGACACCGUCAACACUGCCCUGGUGGAAGACUCCGAGGGGCUGGACUGCGCCGGCCAGCACUGCUCGCGGCUGCUGCCGGACCUCGACGAGGUCCCUUGGACCCUCCAGGAGCUGGAGGUGCUGCUGCUGCGCUCGCGGGAUCCCCGGGCCGGCCCGGCGGUCCCCGGCAGCCUGCCUAAAGACGCGCUGGCCAAGCUGUCCAUGCUGGUGAGCCGGGCGCUUGUACGCAUCGCCAAAGAGGCGCAGCGCCUGAGCCUGCGCUUCGCUAAGUGCACCAAGUACGAGAUCCAGAGCGCCAUGGAGAUCGUGUUGUCCUGGGGCCUGGCGGCGCACUGCACGGCAGCCGCGCUGGCCGCACUGUCCCUCUACAAUAUGAGCAGUGCCGGCGGCGACCGCCUUGGCCGCGGCAAGUCGGCGCGCUGCGGCCUCACCUUCUCUGUGGGCCGCGUGUACCGCUGGAUGGUGGACAGCCGCGUGGCGCUGCGCAUCCAUGAGCACGCCGCCAUCUACCUGACAGCCUGCAUGGAGAGCCUCUUCCGGGACAUCUACGCACGGGUCGUGGCCUCCGGGCAGCCCCGGAGCUGCAGCGGUCCCAGCUCCGGCUCCAGCUCCGGCCCAGGCCCGGGCUCCGGCCUCAAUGCGGUCCCCGCAGCGGAUAAGGAGCGGGAGUCACCCGGAGGGGGCGCGGCGAGCGGCGGCGCCUGCAGCGCAGCCAGCAGCGCCAGCGGGGGCAGCAGCUGUUGCGCCCCGCCGGCCUCCACUGCCACAGCCGCCGCAGCCCCGCCGGUCGUCGCUGCCGCAGCCAACCACCACCACCACCACCACCACGCGCUCCACGAGGCGCCCAAGUUCACCGUGGAGACACUGGAGCACACGGUCAACAACGACUCCGAGAUCUGGGGGCUUCUGCAGCCCUACCAGCACCUCAUCUGCGGGAAGAACGCCAGCGGAGUGCUGAGCCUGCCAGACAGCCUGAAUCUUCACCGAGACCCGCAGCGGGCAAACAAGCCGGGGGAACUGCCCAUAUUCAGCCAGUCGGAGUUGAGGACCAUCGAGCAGUCGUUGCUGGCCACCCGCGUGGGCAGCAUCGCAGAACUGAGUGACCUGGUGUCCCGGGCAAUGCAUCACCUGCAGCCCCUCAAUGCCAAGCACCAUGGCAACGGCACACCCCUGCACCAAAAGCAGGGGGCGCUCUACUGGGAGCCUGAGGCCCUGUACACCCUUUGCUAUUUCAUGCACUGCCCACAGAUGGAGUGGGAAAAUCCCAACGUGGAACCAUCCAAAGUCAACCUCCAGGUAGAAAGGCCCUUCCUCGUGCUGCCUCCGCUGAUGGAGUGGAUCCGGGUGGCCGUGGCUCACGCUGGCCACCGCCGCAGCUUCUCCAUGGACAGCGACGACGUCCGCCAGGCGGCCCGGCUGCUGCUGCCCGGCGUGGACUGCGAGCCGCGCCAGCUCAGGGCUGACGACUGCUUUUUCGCUUCUCGGAAGCUGGACGCAGUGGCCAUCGAAGCCAAGUUUAAGCAGGACCUGGGUUUCCGGAUGCUGAACUGCGGGAGGACAGAUCUGGUGAAGCAGGCGGUAUCUCUCCUGGGGCCCGAUGGGAUCAACACCAUGAGCGAACAGGGCAUGACCCCCCUGAUGUACGCCUGCGUCCGUGGGGACGAGGCGAUGGUUCAGAUGCUGCUGGAUGCCGGAGCUGACCUGAAUGUGGAGGUUGUCAGUACUCCUCAUAAAUAUCCAUCCGUCCACCCUGAGACCCGCCAUUGGACGGCUCUGACUUUUGCUGUGUUGCAUGGACAUAUUCCUGUAGUUCAGCUCCUCCUGGACGCCGGGGCCAAGGUGGAAGGCUCCGUGGAGCAUGGCGAGGAGAACUACUCGGAAACACCCCUGCAGCUCGCAGCCGCCGUAGGCAAUUUUGAGCUGGUUAGUUUGCUGUUGGAGCGUGGUGCGGACCCCCUGAUAGGAACCAUGUACAGGAAUGGAAUUUCUACAACCCCCCAGGGGGAUAUGAACUCUUUCAGCCAGGCCGCGGCCCACGGACACAGGAAUGUGUUCCGCAAACUGCUCGCUCAGCCAGAGAAGGAGAAGAGUGAUAUCCUGUCCCUGGAGGAGAUUCUGGCUGAGGGGACUGACCUGGCAGAGACAGCCCCGCCCCCCCUGUGCGCCAGCCGCAACAGCAAGGCCAAACUGAGAGCCCUGAGAGAGGCCAUGUAUCACAGCGCUGAGCAUGGCUACGUGGAUGUCACAAUUGACAUCAGGAGCAUAGGUGUCCCAUGGACCCUGCACACGUGGCUGGAGUCUCUUCGGAUCGCCUUCCAGCAACACCGCAGGCCUCUCAUCCAGUGCCUGUUAAAGGAGUUCAAGACCAUUCAGGAGGAAGAGUACACAGAGGAGCUCAUUACCCAAGGCCUGCCCCUGAUGUUUGAGAUCUUGAAAGCAAGCAAGAACGAAGUGAUCAGCCAGCAGCUGUGCGUCAUCUUCACUCACUGCUACGGGCCCUACCCCAUCCCCAAGCUCACAGAGAUCAAACGGAAGCAGACCUCCCGCCUGGAUCCUCACUUCCUCAACAAUAAAGAAAUGUCUGAUGUCACCUUUCUGGUGGAAGGAAGACCAUUUUAUGCGCACAAAGUACUAUUAUUUACAGCCUCUCCAAGGUUCAAAGCGCUCCUGUCCAGCAAACCAACAAACGACGGCAACUGCAUAGAGAUCGGCUACGUGAAGUACCCCAUCUUUCAGCUGGUCAUGCAGUAUCUCUACUAUGGUGGCCCAGAGUCCCUUCUCAUUAAAAACAAUGAGGUAAUGGAGCUUGUGUCUGCGGCUAAAUUUUUCCAGCUGGAGGCUCUGCAGCGACACUGUGAGAUUAUCUGUGCGAAGGGCAUCAACACGGACAACUGCGUGGAUAUUUACAACCACGCCAAGUUUCUUGGCGUCACAGAGCUCUCAGCGUACUGUGAAGGCUACUUUCUCAAAAACAUGAUGGUCCUCAUUGAAAACGAAGCAUUUAAGCAGCUCCUAUAUGACAAAAACGGCGAAGGAACGGGCCAGGAUGUGCUCCAGGACUUACAGAGGACGUUGGCCAUCAGGAUUCAGUCGAUCCACUUGUCAUCCUCCAAAGGCUCCAUUGUAUGAAAUGCUCAGGGCAGGGAGUGCUCCCCAGGGACCUUCCAGUUCUCCUGCUGCAUUGGCUUCACACAAACAUACCAAUUUCACCUGGCGUCUGUUCUAGGCGGGGCCAUGGAGCUGCCUCUACUGCCUCAGCUUCCCUGGGACAGGCAAACCCAGCUCCCAUGAAUUCCUGUUGAAAAUCGAAGGACAUUCCGCUAGUCUGCAGAUCGGAGCGCAGCUGGGUCCCGAGCUUGAAGGUCAACAUGGGGCAGCCAAGCGAACCCCAUCCGAAAGCACCCCUGGGUAGCUGAGCACCUGUUGCCGGGACCACUGUCGAAAGGAUGGAUUGGGAAACUAGAGGUUCUUUGGGUCCCCGGCUGACAGCUGGAAGAGCUAACUGCUGAGCGUUGUGUUCCUCAUUCAGAACCUUCGUAGCUGCAGUCCAUCAAGAGUCAACCAGGAUCGCAUUACCAAUAACAAAGAAAUAAUUUGACAAAUUUUUAGGGGUGGGGACUUUUUAAAAUGUUCAUAAGAAGAAACAAUAAAAACAGGGCAGCCCUGUAGUUUAAAAUCUAUUUCUAAAAGCAUAACAGUUCAUUUUCAACUGAAUCGUGUUUAGGGAUCUGUGUUUUGAGAUUUUUUUUUUCUUAAAAAAAAAAAAAGAAAACAAAACCAAAACAGACAGUAAGGCACAGGUCCACCCUGUAUAAACCUGCAUCCGACAAAAUAUUGCUGAUACUCUAGACAAAGUGAAAUAAUAAUCUUGCCUUAGUGAUCAUGGUUACACAAAAGAGAUGCACUGCCAAUACUCACUCUAACUCAGUAGCUGGAAACGACCUGCAUGCUAAUUGUGGUUUCGGGGUGACAUUAAAACAGCCCCACAUAACAAAUCAUGCAUUUGCAUGGGCCCGAACCUGUGAGAUGUUAGGUUUGUGCUUCAUUUUUGCCAAGGUAAAAAAAAAAUGCUUCAUCACCUCUCGCUGCCAGUCUGCUCGGUGAAACGGCCAUAUCCAUUUCUUUUCCUAAUUAUGAAUGAGCCCGGGAUGCUUUUGCGGAAAUGUGUUCCUAGAUGAUGCUGAAUGGGGGCGUGGGUGGGGGGUACGUCAGAGAAUUUACUAGUGAUCCUGGAGUUUUCUCUGUAUUCUCAGAAGAUGUUAAUAGUUUGUUACUAGCCAGAGAAUAUGACUAUGCUAGAUUAUUUUUCAAGAUGAAGCCUGUAUAAUAGGAUGGAUUCUUUCUGUAUUCGGAGAGUGUACAGUAUAGGGUUAUCUAUCAUGAAAGUUGGUAACGACAGGGUUCGAUUUGCUCUGCCAUGUAUCAUAAGCAAAAGAGAUUGGUGACGUGCCACAAUGCUCCAAAUAAUUUUUCAGUUGCUGCCUUUUUUUUCUUGUCCUUUAAUUUGAGACAUAGAUACAUGCAAUGAAAACUAGGAGAAUGACUUGUACCCUUUGGGAUGGCAAAGUUGUGGUGAUAAGCCUAUUUCCUAGCAUGCCUUCGGGAAGCUGUGCACACACCCUAAAUCUCCAAGGAGCUGCCGUUCAGAGGACCGAUGCUGUGCUGUUUCGUGGGUGUGACCCAUGGAGAACCCAGGCCACAUCUGCCUUGAGUCCCGGUUCUCCUGUGAUGCUGAUACACAAGGCCUCUCUUCCACUUGGUCAUUCACGAACCUCCUCAGCCCUGCCAUCAAAUGAGAAAGGAAAAGGACUACAGAGGCAUCCAAGUGACAGACACUCAGCACGUGCGUGACUCGUCACUGUCUCCUGCUCCUCCAUGUCCUCAGAGACGCUCCGUGGAUGUUCCCUUAACCGAGACUGACUUCCCUGUGACUGUCCAGUGUGAGUUCAGGGUCUCUGGGCCCUGGCUUGUACAGCGGCAACACCUGAUGGGCUCCUGUUAUAGCUUGGUGUGCUUUCUCUGUCAUUAAAUGAUUUUCCCAAACCGCACAUCCUUCGUAUACACAA